AUGGACAGCGUAAGGUAUUUGUCUUAUCAUCAGUGGAAAGAGACUAAAGGCGACACGAGCAAAGCUCAAACUUAUCAUCAGAAGCUUCUUACGAACGUGGGAACCCUCGAAACGAAUGUGGGAUUGAUCGAGAAGCUCAUAAAAGGUUACUUAGAUGCCACAAAAGCUUUCUGUGGAGCAGGCUCCCAGUUAGCUGAGGCUUUCUCGACGGUUUUAAAGGAAACGCCGCUGUUAGAAAUCUCGCAGCAGCUGAAGCAAGUUGUUGAAGAAAUUGACCAUGUCGCUCAUAAGUCGAGUGUUCAUAUCACGAGUCAAAUACUUGGGACCCUUUGCGAUUUCACGGCAACGUUGCCAGAGCUCAGAAGAGCAAUUGAAGCUCAUAAAAGAAGUGUUCAAAACUACGAAUCGUGUCAGGAAAACCUAGACGUGUUAGAGAAAGAUGAUAGCUUAGUAAACAACGAUGGCAAGAGACUCAAAACAAGCAGACAACGAUUUCGAGCUGCCACAGAGGAGCUUACAACGGUAGAAGAGCAGUUAUACAGAAGCUUUUCUGAAGUUGAAGAAAAUCGAGUCAAGGUGGGUUAUCCUGUUAUGAGAAACGUUUUAUCUCUCUAGAACAUUCUAUCCGGUUUGACAUUUAAGAUUGUUGAUUACAUAUCAAAACCACUGUCGUGUUUCAUGUUGUCUUUUGUUUAAGCAUUACCCUUACUUUUUCCCAGCUUCUCCCUAUUGCUUCUUAAUUUUGGGGAAGUUUGGUUAGGUUUAGGCGCUAAACAUUAGCGUGAGAUACCAAAUUUGCGUUUGUGAAAUUUCUUGUAUUUUGUACAAAACUACUGAAGCCUUCUCAACUAUUGUUUGUCAUAUUCCCAAAAUAACUGCGGGUGUAAGAUUUAAUCCGAACAAAGCGUAUUACAUCAGAUGUUAAGAUGUAAAUAAGCUCUGAAUUAUGGUUGAAAAUGCUAAUCUAUCCCCAGUUAGAAAGAAGUUUAAUACAAGUUUAGAGUUAAGCUAAACGUAGUUAUUUAAUUUCUUGGCGGGCGAUCAUGAAGAGGUGUGUUUUAGAACAGCUGGCGAAUUAUGUCGCAUGUCGUCUUGUCCUGAGGCGUUUUUUGGAAGGUUUUCAAAUUGCAUCGUUCCUUUGGAAUAAAGACAGCUUUUUGACAAAAGAAAGCGGAACUCUCUGUCUUAUUGAUCUUUUUAAUCCGAGCUAAAACAAUCACUUCUUAGAAUUCAUGGUGAGAAUCUACACCAUUUUACGGCUUAUAAUGAUUGUUUUGCGUAGGAGUGGCGUCAAAACAUUUUUAUAAACUUCUUUAUUUACGCUGCCUUUAUUGGUCGAAUCUCUUACAUAAUUCAGGAAGAUUACAAAUAUAGCUUGAUUGGUAUUUUAAGCUGAGAAUGAAAAUUUGGGUUUACCUCGGUGUAAAAACCAAUGAAGUUUUCUUUGUUUUCUAGCUAUUAUUUUCCUUGUCUCUAUUGUGUUUAUUUCUCAGUGGCUUCUUUGUAUUCAUUGUUUUACGUCACUUGUGAAUGUCACAGGUUUUUUACACCGAGGAUGAGCCGAAAAUUACUAAUGUAAGAAUUAUACCCCCGAAAUGGAAAAAGAUGAUUAAUAGCGUGUACAUGUGAGCAUUGAGGCCAGUUCAAAAACAGUUAAAAUGCCUAUUGGUAAAUGUGGUUGGCAUGUUUUGAAAGCAAAACAGACCUAAGUAUUGUUUCAGUAUUGCUUUCCGCUGUUCAGGAAAAUGAAAUGCGUUGUAUUUUGCUGACAAUGAUGGCAGUUUUUCCCUUUUUUUCUGAAAUGGCUGUGAGGGGAGCAUUUUCUGUAAGAUAUGCACCUUAUCAGUUGGAGCAUAUGGUCUAGGUGCAUGUGCCAUAGCUGCCCUGUUGUAAUAUCAUACCAUUGGAGGUCUCCUAUCUUAUCUUUGAAAGGCCAGCUGGUACUCUGAUCUAAAGAACGCUCAAAGUCUGUCUGGGUGGGUUUACUCAGUAAAUUUUGCCUCAGUUAACAUUAAAAAAGAGCAAAAAUAGAUAUAAAGCAGUUAAAAAUGUUAAUUUUGGUCCAAAACUGAAUAGCCCCAUUGCUUCUGAGUUGCAGGGGUUCCUGGGACUGUCAUUUGAUAUUCAGGGGAUCACAUGCUCAUGUAGAAUUCACAAUAGGCCUUUUGCAUUUGUUGAUCAUGUGAUCAACUUUUGGUAAACACGAAAACAGUUCACUUUUGAAAGAUUUUGUUAGCACGAGCUGAAAGAGCAUAAUUAUUAAAACUAGCAGUAGCCGUUGGAUAGGAAGAUCGAGAAAAAUAUCGUUAUACAGUUAAUAAAGUGUUGCUGACCAAGUCAAGAUUAGACUGUGGGCUCCUCUUUUCGCCCGCAAUUAUGUAGCCUGUAAAUUGUCAGCCAUAUAACUCACAAGUAGCCAUUGCAACAGCCGCUGAAAAUUAGAAGGAUUUGUAUGAGAAAAACAACUCAUGCUACCCAGUCAUGCUUAAGUGGUUUUCCAUACAACUCAUUAUAAAUUCUGAAAUUUUUAAACUGUAGUUAAAUCUUUCCCUUAUGCAUUUAAGGGCUCAAAGUGCCUGUUAUGAAUUAAAAGGAGAUUUGAGCCCUGUAAUGCUUAAGGAAAUAUUUCAUGACAAUUUGAAAAUUACGAAAUUUACAAGGAUUUGUAUGGAAACCAUUCAAGUGUGACUGGGUGGCAGAAGUUGUUUUUCUCAUACAAAUCCUUCUAAUUUUCGGCGGAGAUAUGAGAUAUGUAUGGCUGAAAAUGUAUGGGUUACCUAAUUUUAAUAUGCUCUUUCGGCUUGUUCUAUUAAAAUUUUUCAAAAGCGAACUGUUUUUGUGUUUACCAAAAGUUGAUCACGUGAUCAGCUAAUGCAAAAGGCCUAUUGCAAUAAUUUAUAUCAUAAACAGUAAAAUGAAUUUGUCUUAAAAAAUGUGACUUGUUAGAGAUUUAUUCAGUGGAUAGCGUCAUCAACCUUUUCAACAACUAAGGCCUGACAAAUAGGCAAAUCUUUACUUCGUUUUAUUUUUGCUUCAUUAACAUAUUUUGCUUGUCAGUCUUUGGGUAAACCAGUAAUAUUUUUGAAGAGUUAAAGAGCAUUGCAAUAUCAGUGAUCACCAAAAAUGUGAGCCUCGUAUCCGUAAUAGUUUUAGAGAAAUUUUCUUUAAAAAGUUGAAAUUUAACAAGGAUUGUAUGGCUUAUUAACAUUUUGCCAUGCAGCAAUUUUGCAUUUCAAAGGGCUGAAAAUUACUCAGAUUACUUAAGGUGCGGAAAAACAGGCAACAAAAAACGUUCAACUUGUUUUGCACCAUUGCUGCAAAACGAGUUGCAUAUCAAGCCUGUCUUGCACCAAAUCAAGUUGUUGACAGGUUUGAAGGUGGGUGGUAAAAUGUGCAAAAUCUCUUUGGAACUCUUUUGCAGCAAUGGUGCAAAACAAGUUGCAUGUUUUUUGUCGCCUGUUUUUCCGUACUUUUCAGUACAGCCAGUCCCUUCAGCAUCAACCACAAAAUCGGCCGUUUUUUACCGAUUGCUUUUCGGUGAAGUUUGCCCCGAAAACACCCACAAAAUUACCGUGAAAACGGCUGAUUUUUCCGCGAAUUUGUCCCUAAAAAUCCAGUGAAAUUUGACUUUUUCUUCCGCGACCUGUCAGAAGCCCUGAAGUACGGAAAAACAGGCAACAAAAAACAUGCAACUUGUUUCGUAGUGGUGAUAGCGAAGACAGAGAAAAACCUGUACUAGAAUUUUUGUGUGGAUGAAGGGAAUGUCUGAUGGUAAGAAUGAUUUGAGAAGUUAUCGGACAAUAUUAUUGUUAUUAGAUGCUGGGAUCUUGCUUCCUGUCACUAUUGCAAGUUCAGGCACAGUUUUUGAUGUCAUCAGCCGACUUGACAACAUCGCUUGGAGGCUUCCAUGAGAUUGGUGACUAUCUGCGGGACAGAGAAGUCACCCUGGCUCUGAAGGAUGCCACAGCAACUUGGAUUUCCCUUGCUCAAGUAGGUACAUGUGUCCUUGGACAGUUCAUAAGAACUUGGGGCUUGAAAUCUAGAAUUCUGUAAGCUAUUUCAGUUGAAUAAGAGAAUCAGUCUGCUUUGUUUAAAAAAAGAAAAAAGGAGAUGUGAUCGUGAAUUUUGAGCAUGGUGAGCACAUGACAAAGUUGAUUUUACAGUCAGUGACACAGGUGCAGGCAGGAAAAAACCCAGGUUUGAUUGGCCGGGGCAAGUAGAUUUUGAUCUUCGGCAAUUAAAAAUAGAUGUUUUGUGGCCCAGUAGGCAAAAAUGGGGAUCACUUGUGGUCAAGGAUCAUUUGCGGUCCAUUUCUGAACCUGCCGCUCACCAAAAUAGCGGUCAACCAAUAGAGCUAUACAGGCAGCAGUUAAAAAGAUGGCUUACCAAAGAGUGAGAUGCAGUUUACUGGCAUAGGCAAACCUACCAGUCCCCCUUUUCAAUAACCUUUUUACUACAUGUAUCUUGAAAAAUUUGCCUGCCCACUGGACAACUUGUAAUCAUAACAUGCUAUCCCAGCAGGUUACUCCACUAGCCCCUGCCAUAAAACAGCAGUUUUGUUGCCUCCUACAUCAGAGAGGACUGGAACCAUUUUCCCUUAUGUUCUAUAUAUAUGUCACUAUUGCUCUACAUGAUUUUACAGAAGAUGACUCUUGACACAGUGAGCCUGUGUCUGUAAGAUUCCAGAGUAAACUGGAAUGAAUACAAGUUUUGACAAAGGCCAAGAAAGAGUGCCUUGAAGUUAGCAAACUUACCAAGGUUAAAGAUGAUACUUAAAAAGUGCGCAAAGAAAUUGCUCCACAAAGUCAUGAAGGUGUUAAAGACCAAGUUUAACAGUGAUACGUUAACCCUUUAAGCCCCAGUAUCAACAUACAAAUUCUCCAAACUGAUCUCCAUACAUUUCCUUAAAGAAUAGUUGAGCGAAUUUGAUAAAAGAUGGGGGCAUUUUCUCUUGGGUGAUCAUUUGAUUUAUUCUCAUAACGUAUCUCUUGACAGUGUAUGGAUAUUGUUAUGAGAAAAUUGAUCUUGGUCACUAUUGGGACUUAAAGGGUUAACAGCAUGCAAAGAAAGUAGUGUCCGUUAGCCCAGGGCUAGUGGAUUUUGCUUUCGGGCUAGUGAAUUCUGUUCUUGACUUGCCUGACAGGCAAGUGAUGUUUAUCGAGGAAUGAAGAAGAACUGCGAAAUAGUUCUGCUCAUCAACAUGUUUUUGGGGCUAGUUGAAAUGACAUUUGGGCUGGUAAAUGCUUGCUUCAGCUUGCCAGAAUGGCAAGCUGUAAAAAUGAUUUUCUUUGCACCCUGAUUAAAAGUGAGCAAAGAUAUUGCUUUACAAAGUCAUGAAAUUUUGCAGAUGGAUUUUUGCUAAUUGGUGCCAGUCAAAAGUUAAAAAUCCUGUGGAAGGGUGUAUUGAAAAGGGAUACAAACACAGGUGAACCUGCAGAAAGUACCUCUGUUCACAUGGGUUCUUGUGCUGAGGUGUGAUCUACCUUUCUUACAGUCUAACCAGGCUUUGCGUCACGGUGAACUGUUGUCACGUGAACAAGUCCAGUUCCUAACACUGGGUGGUCAGGGAGAUUUGGCCGAUCCAGACAGAAAAGAUUUGAUACAAAAAGUCAAUACUCUGCUUAAGGUAAACAUUUCUUCUCACUGUUGUUGUUGUUGUUGUUUUUGUUUUGCAUUUUUUUUUGGCUGCUUAACAAUGUAUAGAGUAUGGCAGAUAUUGUAUUCUAUACUUUUUUUCACACAUUGUGUUUGCAAACUUUUUGUUAAUAUUGUUAAUGACUGUAGAAUUACAAAAAGGAGUUUGAACGAGCACCAACACCAGAAGCAGACAUACCAGCAGGCUUCCACAAAAACCCCAGAGGAAUAGAGCUGGCUCUUAAGGCAAGUUAAGACAUGAAAAUAAUUUAUAGAGAUUAUUAUUCACUGUUCUUCUUGAAGGGAGGCCCUAUCCCUUUAAGCCCUAAGAGUGAUCAGCAUCAAAUUUCUCCUUGUAAUAUCAAUGCUUUGUAAAACAGAGUGGUCAUGAGAAUAAACCUUUCCCGCAUUACAGUUCCAUGAGCAAACAUGAAGAAAUGAGUAUGAGGCAGGUAGACAAUUUCAUACAAAUCACUGUAUUUUGCCCACCUGAGCCUCGAGUUGGUGCCUUUGUGUACAGGAAUGCGGGAAAGGUCUAUUAAGGACAUGAUAACACAAGAUAAAUUUGCUUAAUAUUCUAUCAACUUCUCCUCAUUACUUCUGUAAGAAAUGAAUAGGGGCAACAAAUGAGAAUUCAAAUUUUGAUCUUAGGGUUUAUAUUAUUAUCAUAGAACAGAGGAAGUGUCUAAUACUCUCACCAUGGAAGGUCAUGUGAGAAACAGGAACUUACUUUAACCAUCAAAGAAUCAAAGUUAUGAAUAUUAAAUUUUACUGUAACAAUACAUUUUAUAGCCUACAUCACAGAAAAAACUUAAGUUCUGGCUAAGUCCAUCUGUGAUAUGGUGCCAAAAUCAUUGUUCUGGGCCCUACUUGUGUACCAGAAUUUGAGUAUGCCCAGGCAAUUGGCCUGUUCAGAAAGCCAUUGUUAAUUUGCCAAUCACGGGCCCAGAACAAGGAUAUCAGCACAGCUUUGCAGACAUUACAGUUUCUAUGUGUAACUGGGGUUCAAUUACGUCUGUGACACAGGCUACACACUAUUAUUAGCAGUCAAAUUGCUACACUGUAUCUUUUUUUAAAAAAAUUAAUGUAAAAGUAAUCUUUCCUGUAGAUUCUACAUGUACAAUGUAAUUAUGUCAAGGGACGUUUUCUCAGCUGUUAAUCUAAACGCAGGUCAAAUAGCUUACAGUCCACGGUAUCAAGAGUAAACAAUGGCUUUCAUUUGCUCUCCAUUGCAAUAUCUCACCCAUUCUUGCUUUCCAGACUUUUGGCCCUUAUUGGACUUUUCUACAUUACAAUAGGCUGAUGAUGAAAAGCAUAUUUACUAUCUGAUUAAGCUUUCAUGUGAGAGUUGUUACAGGAGAUAGGUUGGAUAGGAAUGCUUACUUUAUGACCUCUCUGUUUUUAGGGAUGCUGCAGUGAGCUUGAGGCCAUAGCAGCUGGUGGUGUUACAGAAGCCUCCACUGUUCAAGAAAUGGAACAGCAGAUUCUGAAGUUAAUUCCUAAACUACAGUUAAGAAUUGGUGAGAUGCCUGUGGCAUUUAUAAAUACAAUGAUAAUGCAAAGUCCAGCUCAAGUCUCCUGUUUUUCAGUCAAGUUUUCUAACAAGCAAAAUAAAUAAUAGUGUGGUCACUUCAGGGAGCAAAGAAAGUCAGUUUUACAGCUUGUCAUCUGGGCAAGCUGUAGCCACAUGUACAGUGUAGCAUAUACUAGCCCAAGAGUCAUUUAAACUAUCCCCCUAAAAAAUUUCUGAUUAACAAUGUUGACUACAGUUCUUCUGUAAUAAUUGAAUUCCCCAAAAGCUUCAGUUUCACUUGCCCCACAGCCAAGUAAUGAACAGAAUUCACCAGCAAAAUCCAAUAGAAGCGGGCUAUCGGACACGUCUUUCUCUGCACACUGCACUUGAUAUUAGUUUCCUUGAUAAAUUGUGUUUUUUGCUAUUCUUUCUAGGUUAUGUCAUGACUGAAGUGUGUUCUUCUCCAAGUAAAGCAAACGAUAAUUACAAGUCUAAAAUGGUAAUUAGUACCUUUGUUAUUGUCUUUAUUCAUAUUACAACAGAAAGAAACAAUUAUUUUAAACUUCAGGCUUUCGUACAUUGCCUCAGAAGUUUUCAUUGUUGAUACAGUAUUGUAGUGGAAAUUAAAGCAAAGAAUUUGAAUGUUGAUUAAUCCAGUCCUAGAAAGUCUGAAAAGUUAUUAGUCAUGAGAACUUACUUGUAGAUCUUUGCAUGCAGUUUGUCCAUUCAAGGAACUCAUGAGACAACCCACCACUGUGAUUGGAUUUAUUUUGGAUAACUGAUCCUGAUCUGCAUCACCCCAACGAAAUGCACCCCUAUUGUUUGAUCUAACGAAUCUGUAAUGUAUUUCUUUCUGAGCAGCACUGCAUUAGAGACCUUGUUAGUUCAGUGGCCAAACAGAAUGACAUACCACUUAACCGUGAAACCCUGGACAUGUUUGUACUGAUGGUCUUGUAUGAAGCAUGUUCUCCAGUGUCCAGCUCUGCAGCAAAGGCUGCUGUGCAGCUUCUCUUUGGCAGAGCCCACCUGGUGAGUAAACAUUGAUAGUUCUGUUACUGGAAACUAAGAAAAGAAAGUUUACUUUGAAAUAAUGAAUACCAUUUUUCCUUGAAUAAGCACCCAUGCUCUAAUAAGCGCCCUCCCCCGAAUAAGCACCCACUCCCUUAGCCAUAAUAUCAGGCAAGCGUCCCCAUGAAUAAGUGCCCCCUCCCCCUCCCCUCACUUUCUUAAAUAGUAGGGAUAAAAGAGGAAUGAGAAGAUCUCCAUAUCAUUGACAAGGAUGAUCUUGAGGAUGGUGAGAUAAUCAAUACUUUAUAAACAUGUGUACAGUGUUUAAUGAGACUAAGGUACACUUGAUUACAUUUACUGCUAUAAUAAAUAAAGGACUAUUUGAUAUUAACUUUACAUUUUUAGGCCCAAGAAAGUUACGCUUCGUCGGAAGGAAAACUUAAUAAGCACCCCCUGCCCCCCUCCCCUGCCUCAAUUACAUGUAGGCAUCUUCUUUCCAAGAAGUGUCUCUCCUUUUAGUUGUGAUUUUAAAUAAGCACCUGUUGCUUAUUCGAUGAAGUAUGAAAAUCAAUGACCUACUCUCAGUUGUCUUGUUAGCUCAACUGAAAAAGUGCUGUACUGGUAUCACAGAGUUCAAUGGUUCAACUCCCAUACAUGCCUGAUAUUUUCAGGCUCUCUCUUUUUGUUGCAUCUAUGACUGUGAUGAUCUUUUAGCUUCUUUCAUUUGAUUCUUUACCUGUCAGUUCCUUUAUGCAUUAAUUUUUCCAUAUAUUCAUUAUUUCAAUGUCAUCCUUUCAUCCUUUCCAACUCAAUGACAUGCUUUCAGUUGGCUUGUUAGCUCAAUAAUAAUAAUAAUAAUAUCAAUAACAAUAAAAUGGAAAAGUGCUGUACUGGUAUCAAUGAAGCCAUGGGUUCAACUCCCAUAUAAGCCUGAAUUUUCAAACUUUCUUUUCACAACUGCCAAAGUUGUGUCUAUAACUACAGUGAUCUUAUUUCAUUUUAAAUGAAGUUGACUAAGAAGAAUAAAUUGUGGCUAGAAACAAUUAUGAUUAUCAAAUAAAACAUAAGUAAGAAUUCCAACUGGCAUUGUGUUCCACCAAGAAAAUUCUCAGCUGAAGUAGCUAGAGUAAGGUUUGAACCUUUGAGACCAAGUUGAAAUCCAGCAGCUUAACCAGUCAUUCUUCUCAUUUCAUGUUAUGUGCUGCUGACUGUUGUCUCCACUUAAUUGUUACUAACCAGUAAAUGAAAGUUAUGAUUGGCAUAGAUCAUAGAUUGUACUAUUUUUUUUUUGUAUGAAAUUGUAUUUUUUGUUUGCUGUGAUAGGUGACAGCAAAACCAAGUAGAGAUAAAAACACUCGGCUGGCCCAAGUGUAUGUUAAAGGAACAUCUAUUCAUGUUGAAGUCUCCACUACGUGGUAUGUGCACAGAUGUAUAAAAUUGUUUAUUUAAAAUUUUGUUGCAUUAUAAGACAAGCAGAAAAAAGAAGGGGAGCCAUGACAGAAAUUUAAAUAGGGGUUGCUCCCAAAUUGUUGUAAUGAAGUGAAAUUAAGGAUUAUCUCAGAUAAAGAAAGAAAUUUGGGAAUCUGAAAACAAGUAUUAUCCCCAAAGGAAUGUUCCAGACUCAGCAGUGACUAUAUCAUGUGGAAGAUAGUUCUUUGGCCACCAAACUGUUCUCACAUCAAAUCCUUUUUUGAUGAUUGUACAGUAGAAGGCAUUGUAUUAGUUUUGUUUUUGGUUUAUGUUAAGAAUGCUUACUUUGCUCUUAAAUUUUACAUCAUCUGCUGUGUCCAGUAAAUUAAUGCUGAUAAUAUGGAUUCAAACAUUAUUGUUAAAGAAGUGACAUUGUCCUUGACUAUUUCUUUCCAGCUAGGAAAUAUUAUUGUACAGUUUAUCAAAUCUGUUUAUCAAAAUUAAUGUGUUGCUAUAACUUUGUUGUUGUUGUAUAGGGUCAUCACAGAAGAUGCUUCUACUUUUUCCUGUCUUUCGAAAGAUUUGGACUUCCCUUCUCCUCUGGGAACAGUUGAUGCUUUGUACACAUCCAAGUUUAGUUUGAUGGAUUAUUUGGAGGACAAGUAAGUGAUGUCUUUGUGACAGAAGAUGCAAACUAGCUUGAGCUCUUUUUGGGUUGUUUGGACUUGAAAAAGAAUUGAAUUUCAGCUAGUCGUUAGGAUAAGCAGCAAUCAAAUUUGCUUGCCCAGGACAAAAAAUGUACUUGUCGCAGAUGACUGGACAAAAGUUUUGUUUCAGUUCUGUUGCUAUUGUCAGUACUGUAAAUGAAAAAACAUUAUGUUGUUUGUUGUUGUUACCAUGUGGAAGUUUCCAGACUUGAUGUUAUUGCAGCUUUAUGUCUCGUGGAGGUUAAUUUGUUCCUUAGGUAAUUUUUUUUUACAACCUCAGUCACUUUAUUAAUUUUCAACUUGGGCGGGUUAGUUCCAAACCAGUUUAAUUAGGUCUUAAGGUGUUUUUUGUCAUCAUUCCACAAAUUAUAGGUUAUUACAUUUUUAAAUUGCCUGAAGGAAAAUUUAAUCAAUUUAAACAAGGUCUUGUUAUUGUUAGUAAUAGUUAUUAAUUAUAGGGGGUUAGCAUAAUUUAUUCUUGUUACUGACAGAACUGUUCAAAAGUAAGUUGACAGUAUUGCCUCGCGACUCAAGACUCGAUUCUUGCAUCUGUGUCUUGUGUUUUUUGAGAUGCAAGAAUUAUAGUAUAAGACCCAAUUUUUGCAUUUCAAGUUUUGAGAAACCAGCCUUUUUUAAUAUUUCUCUCACAAAAGGAUUGUACAUGUACCUUUGGGUAAUAAUGAGUGGUUUAAUUUUUCAGAGAAAGGCCUCUACCUGCCAUUCAUAUCAAACAGCGCAACCUAUCCAAGUCCCCGCCCCUGUUAACAAAACUUGACACUUCCCCAUGCCACAAGCACAAAAGUUUUCGAAAGACCUUCACAAAAGCCACAUCCAAGAUAUUCUCACGAAAGUCUUUGGCUGCUAAAGCAGCUAAUACCUCAAAUGCUGUAGCUGAUCCAGCCAGUCAAAAUGCUGUUUCUGGAACAGGAACAAGAAAUGAAUCAUCAGGUACUUGUGUGAUUUUGUAUUUUUUUAGAUUUCUUUUCUCCACCAUACUUUUUCACUUACCCUGAUUUACCAAAUUGCCUUGCAACAUUGUUGUGCUAGAAAUUGUAUAUGAAAGGUUAGCAACAUAAGUUGCCUGUUAGGGAAAGUUCAUUCUGAGUGAACCCUUUGGUCUUUAAUCCCUUCAAUGAUAAUAAAGAGUAUAGGAAAUUAGAAUCAAUAAAAUAAUCACCAAAGGGAAAAUGCUUUGAUCUUUUAUAAAAUUCUCGUAACUCUUUCUGUAUGUAAAUGUAUGCAGAUCAGUCUGGAGAAUUUGUUUGUGAAUAUUGGGUUGUUUGUAGUGGGGUUUAGUGGUAGUUGAGGCGUGGUUUCUUAAUUUGGGUCAGCUAUGACUUGAUACAGGCAAACCAUUAAUUUUUUGUGAGUUGGUGUCAAGUGCAGGCCUUUCAUUUUUUGACACCAGCACUUGUUUCAUUCCACAUGGUCAAUCUCUCAUAAGUUCUUAAAAGUGAGCAAAGUGACCUUCAGUGCAUGAGCUUGCACAGCGACCAAAUGACCAAAGAAGUCUCGAGGUCGACUUGUUUCACCUUAAUGGAUUUGAAUCAUAUUAUAAAUUCAUGCGGGGAAAAAAAUGAUUGACAUAUUGCUGUGUCAAGAGUGGCAUGAAAUAUCACUCACUGUCCUAUUGGUCAAUUGCCAUGACCUCACCAGUAGAAUUUUUGACCUUUGAAUUUCACACCAAACAGGUAUGAAAAGUCCUUUAAAAUGGCAUAACCAACCAGGAAAAAAAAUAAAGGACUUCUAGAAUGGAUUUUGCUUUACCUGUGUGGGCUGCCUUUGCCCUCCUUUGUAGGGUAAAGGUUGUGGCUCUGAAGGCUGUGAGUGUCUUUAGAGUUUGCUUAGUGACUGUGGGCCAUUGGUGAUAAUAUGAUGGGUGUGAGCUGUGCAGAUCGGUGGUGAGGAAACAAAUAGGUUAUUACUAUGUUGGUUACCUGUGGUACCUAUGACUGAUAUGCAAAGUGACUGUGUACCUUACAUUCAUCGCAAUUAAAAUCAUUAUUUUAUUCUUCAGGUAAUCGCACAUCUGUAGCCUCCAGCACCGAUACAGGUGAUGAUCAUGACACUGACAUUGAUGACCCUACGCCCCUUCCUCCACCACGCCCAAGGCGCUGGGCCAAAAAAGCAAAGGAACAGUCUAUGGCACCAGAUAACAAUACCUCCAGCUCAAGUAAGGUGGUGGAAGAGCAGACUAAAACUGACGACCCACCAUCACCCAGUGACUGGUCUAGAUCUGUGCCUCAGUUUCCUCUGCCAACUUUUAAACCAACCAUGCAAAGUAAGUAAUAUGUGACAAGAGAACUUAUUAAUUCUUAAAAUGUACAUUAGAUAAUUCCUGAUUUUUGUAUGAUAAUCACAGCCAAUUUUAGGAAUGCCAACAUCACCCUUGCCUAAACGCAGGAUCUGCCACUUUAGCAAGCCUGUAGAAUAGGAGAGUUGUCAUUAACAAGCUGACCAAUGCAAGUGACACAAAGUCAAAACACAACUUUUCUCUUGAGAACAGGAUAAACAGUCCUGCUUAAAGAACUGUAUUCGUCUCAUUCAAUUAAUUUUGAAGUUGUCACUCUAAUUUUAUUUUUCCUCAGUUUGUCAAAGUGAGCUGUCACUUGCUUCUCAAGAGGAACUCACAGAGGUCAUUAACUUCCUUUCUGGUGCACCCAUCAAGUUGCGGCUAUUGAACGAAGAUGAUGUCAAUCCCAGCAUGGCAGAAAGUCACAUGACUCCUAUUGACAGUGGCCUUGGGAGUAUUUAUAGUAUGGCUAUGAGCAAUGUCACACAACCUAGCAGUGCUCUGACGCAAGUAUGUGACAAGGUUGACGACAGUGCUAAGGAUAAUCAAGAAGUGAUGCCAUCAACUAGCUCUUCCGAAACCACAGAAAACCCUCCAGUUGCUGUUAACACUGAAGGAGAUUCUUCUAAAGAAUUCAAACUACCAAAAACCCACAUGGUUACCAUAGAGACACAGACUUCUCCAACAACUGAAGUGAGCCCCACUUUCUUUGUUAAACCUGCUGACACUGAUGAGAAAGAGCAAUGCACAGAGACACCAGCAGCAUCUGCUGAGAAACAGGACAACCAACCCCUGCCAGAAGAUAAAGUUAACGGAAGUGACGAAAGUAAAACCGAUCGUGAUAGUGAUGAGAAAGACAAGGAUGCCAUUCUUCAAGAAUCACCACCAUCAUCUUUGAUACAAGUGAAGGAUGGUGCAACUAGUGGUAGUGACGUGACUCCUGAGAAUGUACCAGAGAAAGAAACAGCAAAGUUAAGAGUUGAUAAUAAGCAGACCAAUCCAAAUAAAACAACCAGCCCUGUGCUUGUCACAGUCAGCUCAGAAGAAGUCACUGAUGGCAAAAUUUCCAUUAGUGAAAGCCUUAGGUAAGGCGUACAUGAAUUUACAGGAAAGUGUGACACACAUGCAGAGUUGCUAUUUUGCAUACUAACAGGGUUCGCCACACCUUGAAAGUUCUUGAAUUUUAAAAUACAAAGCCCUGGAAAAUUGCACUUGUUGCUGGAAAGUCCUUGAAUUUUGGUGCUAACUUUAUCCAACCCUAAGGAAAAGGAGCAAACACAGAAAGAAGUUCAGGAUAAAAUUGCUCAUGUUGUGGAAGAACUAAAAAGGACAUAGACUCAAGGCUCUUUUUUGCACUGAGUGGAGAAAAAAAUAGGAAAUGUGUCCUUGAAACGUCUUGAAAAGUCCUUGAAUAAUUUUUGUUCAAAAAAGGGUACGAACCCUAACCCAAAACCAAUUGUUUGUUUGACCUUCUUACUGCUAUCACCAUGUUAGUUUCGUAAGGUCCCCACUGAUUUCUAAAAAACCCAUUCAUGUUAGCGAAGUCGUAUAAUAUUUGAGAUACCACAACACAAGUCAUUGCACCCAGUAAUCAAUUACCACACUUAAACAAACUACUAAUUACCAAGCAAUUUUGUUCUAAAAGGAAUGUAUGGGAGAAAACCAGCGCCCCUGUAGAUGCUUCUGACCCUGGUGGCAACAAUUCAGAAGGCUCGUCACUGCGCAAAAAAGACAUUCAUGGCUCCCAGGACACUCUAUACCACAGCUGCUGGUCCCUGUCGGAUUUCCCUGGUAGCGACAAAAAUGAAGAAGCCGAUGAAGAUGCCAAGAGUCUGAAUGAAAGCUUACUACCAAGUAAUUCAGGCCCAGGGCUUCUUGAUCUUGGACUGAAGUGGCCAAGUUAUGGUAGCAGUAUCCAUGGCAACCCUGUGUGGGCCAAUUUUCCCAGUGUAAGAACUUUGCUGUGUUAUAUUUUAUUUUACUGCAGUAAUGAUGAUGGUUGUACAGCUACUAGUCUAUAGAGCUCCUUAGAUUUGAAGGCGAGAACGAGCACGAGUACGAGAUUUAACUUGCAGUUUUUGCGAGUGUUCUAAAAAAAAACACCCCGGAAAGCUUCUUUUUAACUUUUUUUUUUCACCAAAAAAGUUAGUACGGUUAUUGAUACUGAAGGAGGUUAAGCCCUCUCUCGAUAGCAAAAUGAUAAAACUGCUUACAUUUGUUCCCGCCACUAUGACAUUCCUCCUAAAACUCGUAGUAACAUGACGACGGCUAUCACGUUUUCCCGCCAAAAUGAAGCUGGUUCACGCGUGAGCAACACUCAAUAUUGAGAAAAUCUCGUACUCGUAGUCGUCCUCGUCUCAGAAUCUAAAGUUCUCUUGUCUGUGUUAAUUGGGGGGAAAAUGUCCUGCUCCAAUACUCCUAGGGGUAAUGACUUGAAGAGGCUGUUUCAUAAACGUUUUUAAAAUUCAAACAGCGGGAAGUGCUGAGCCGCCCGUAACCGUCCGUGCGGACCUACGUCCCCUCUACCGCUUGUGACGUCAACAGUUUUAAUGUUCAAGGGAAACUUUAUCCGCUAACUUGUGCAGAGUGAAGAGAUCUUUCAAACCAUACCAAAAUAAGCACGAUUCAAUCAAGGACACCGAAGAAAAAGGCGAAAACCCAUGUAACAUUGACCGGAAAAUUUCCUUGAAAUCUUGUUCCAGUACCCACCUACCAUUUCUUUCCUCUAAUCCUAAGAUCCUGAGAGCGUUCUCAAAAACUUUUCUCACCAAAAUGAAGCGUACUAAAUCCUCAGCAAAAGAGAAAAAAUGCGGCAAGAAAAGCGAAAAGUAAAAGUCAAUGAAUCAAAUAGAAAUUUUGCUUUCUGCGCAUGCCCGAACUACGCAAGCUAAGAUUUUGCAUUUAGUAGAUCAAAGGGCUGCGGAGUUUACGACCUGUAAACGGCUUUGUGGUACGUUGUGGCGCUUUGUAGCACGACAAUGAUCAGAAAACCGCUCAUCUAGCUUCAAAACGCGUCUUCAGCAAAAUUUCCGGGGGCUAAUGGGUUAAAUUUGUUUCGCAUGUCAUGCAAUGCAGUGCUUAUAUCUUGCACAUAUUAUUGGUAGCCUGAGAAAACAGCCGACAUUUGGCGACGCUACCACUGGUUUCCCCGCCAAAUGACGUCUGAGAAACGAGCGCAGAAAUUCCAUACUGAUGACGCGUUAAUACCCAGAUCUCGGUAGUGCUCCUGAUUUGGUCGUGCCGCGUGGGAAAUUCGAUUCAACCAAUCAGAAGCACUACCCAGAUCUGGAUAGUGACGCGUCAUCAGUAUGGAAUUUCUGCGCUCGUUCCUCAGCUGUCAUUUCGCGGGGAAACCGCUGGUGGCGUCGCGAAAUGUCGGCUGUUUUCUUAGGCUAACACAUAGGCUCCCUACACCAGAUUCUGAAAGAAAAUUGCGCUGUCUGAUUUGCAGGGCCAAGGAGGCAACUGGAACCAGUCCCAUGAGUCUCUCAACAAGGACGGAUCAGGCAGGGGCAAGACUGUGUUCUCAUUAGGACUGGGUAUCACUGGACCUGAUAUGCUUGCUGCUGCUAGAGGAGGAAGGUACAUAUACAUAGCUAUGCCUAAAUUAUCGUAAACUGCUAUAUCACCCCCUCUCCUCCUAGCUUAUAAACCCUGCCAGUUGUAGAACCAUCUACGCGCAGAAAAAAAAAAUACUUAACAAUUAUUCUUUGAAAUCGAGGUGAAUAGUGGCAAAAUAUUUACCGAGCCGCGAAAGCGGCGAGGUAAAUAUUCCCAAAGCCACUAUUCACCGAGAUUGAGAAGAAUAAUUGUUUUAGUAUAUACACACGAAGUGAUCUCAACAAAAUCAGAAAGGAAACCAUUCAAAAGUAGGAUUUGAUUGACAGAUCAAAUCACGCGUAAGUUUAAAAAUAGAUCUUUGCAGAAUUUUCAAACAUGGCAAUUCACAAGUUUACUCAUUUCGCAAACAACAGCGUAAUGGCUUCAAUGGAAUCGCUAAAAGUUUGAACUGUGUCCUUACCUGAGAAAAAAAGUAGAGCUGUGUUGUUUUCUGUUGACUCGCCAAGUUUAUAGCCAAAAGGGCAUGUUGUGUCGUUCUUCGCAUGAAGUGCUGACAAAAAUGGCGGCUCGGUUGCUCGAGGUAAGAGGUCGUCUUCCUGUAUCAUUCUUUUUCCUGUUUACUUGAAAUGUAGAAUUUCUGCAAACAUUUCCUUUUAAAUUUGUUUGUCAUAAAUAAACUUCGAUUUUUGAGCCAAAAUUUUCUCUUAGAAAACGCUGAGUUCACGAAACGGCUUCUUCUACGCGAAUACACGGGAGUUGUAAACAAUCCAUCGAGCACAAAACUCCGCUACAGUAAAUUGAAAAACGCCGUAUUGAAUCCUUCCAAGUCUUUUCUUGCCUUAAAAAAAGUCAGCCCUAGGAUUUUGUCGACUUUUAAAAGAUCGUUCUCUAAAAAAAACGGGAAAAACACCGAGCUCACACAUUAUCCACUCGCUAGGAGGUGAAUAUUGUUGAAUAGUCCGAGAUAGCGAACCAAUCAGAUUGCUUAAAUCACCAAGAUCACUGAGUGUGUAUAUACUUUUAUAUUAUAUAUAUAUAUUUGUAUAUAUAUUUGUGUAUAUAUUUUUGUAUAAAAAAAAUACAUCCGAUUAUAGCGAUUACAAGCCCCCCGGAUAUUAUUAGAAUAUUUCUUACUCUAGAUCAUGCUUGUCAUGACCAGGUUUUUGGCUUCAUGAAAGAAUCAAGCUUGCUAAUAAAAAUCUUUGGUUUGUUUUUAAGCUGUGAUGCAGUACACAGUGGACAUUUACCUUCCAUGCCAACUGUUGGAAAACCUUGGAGUACUGAGGACCUUGCACAGAAGGUAAUAGGUUUUGAAAGGGAAAUUGUGUGAUCAUUGAUUUGAAGGAAAAACGUAAAGGGGUUGUGUCGCGAAAUUUGUUCAUAUUUAAACAGUGAGAAGUGCCACCAAACUGAGUAAAACUUUAAAAUAACCUGCUGAAAACAUUAAACGAAGGUACAAAUAAUACAGCAAAUACAAGAGGAGGCACGGAUGGUCUUAACUUGUGGAAGAUUGAAACGGAUUGGGAGGUUGAUUUUUGAAAACUUGUUGGCCUAACACGUUUUCCAAACUCCUUUUUGGUGUUAGUAACGUUUGAUAUGCGCUUUUGAAUAUUUUAUGGAAAAGGCGCAAUACAAAUAAUAAAUGUUAUUGUUAUUGUUAUUGAUAUAAUGCUUGGGAGUUAUAUUUGCGUGACUUGAAGCUUUGAUAUCUAAUUGUCACUAACCAGUAAUUUUUCAAGUUCCACAGCGAAUAAGUAUGUGCAGUCAAGUAAUGGUGACGAGUGAAAUUAGGGAAUAAUUUCACGCGCGUUUUUCCAAAUCCUUAUAAUUUCCCGAGCCUUACCUAUUAAUAUCAUGGGUGACGAAUUACGUUAGCAAUCUUGGAUUUUUGACAUGUUUAUCCUGGAUCCUAUCGGUCGAGAACUCCUCUCUCGAACGUUUAGAGCUUAAAGUUGGCUUAACUUCAGAAUUUGUCGACAAAAUACCUGUUAGAAUCCUUCUUGAUGUGCUCUUUCGUGCGUUCAGUUCUUCUUUCAUGACAUUUUAAAACUUUGUCGCCAUCUUGGCACUUUUACGUACGGAAGGUUGCCAUGGCAAUUUUGUAAUUGAAAAUACAAAUUAUUGCUGAAAUUUCGCGCCAAAAUUAAGGAGUAAUUCGUCACCUAUUAUAUUAGAAUGUGUAACAGUCAUUUUUACCAAAAUAAACCAGACAACCGUGACGCUGCUUCUUUAACUGUUGUUUUGAGAUGUCAUGCAGAGUUUUCUGGUUGUGUUGUCAUAUAACUUACCAAAUACCUCACUAUGUCGCCAUUGCACUUACUUACCCUUGACUGGUCAAAGUUCAUAUUCGACUGCAAAACAUACGGGCUAUCUGUGGGUUUUGUUUUCUUUAUCUUUUCUAACUUAAAUAGAGUAACUGAACAUAGCUUUAGUUUUUUCCAUCAAUUCAUCAAGGUAAGUGGGGUGCUGUACCUGCCGUGUUAAGCGAAAAGCGAAUAAUGCAGUGUCAUGUUAACCUUAUAAGGUGUCCAUUUUGUUUUUAAGGACGAAAUAAUAUACAUACUUUUGUUUCUUGUGGUUAUUUUUAGAUUCCUUGGUCAGCUCGAGACUCUUCUCCACCCCCACUGUGGGCCAAGACAACAUCAUUAACAGAAGACACCUUGAGGCCAUCUCAUCACCGAGCCCCCCUCCCUCCGCAACACUACAGUGAUCCUUUUCUCCCGAGGGAGAACUGGUGGCCAGGCCAUGGUAGGUCUGCAGCUCCCACAGGAUACCCACACCCUGCUUAUGCUCGCUACCAGUCCACCUUGCAACGUCAGCGCGCAUUUGAUAACAUGCAGUAUGGAAUGCCUGGUGGUUUACAGAGAAACCGUGGUAUGAUGGGUGGACAGUCAGCAUUUCAGCCGGUUCAAACAGGUUUUCGCAAGCACGGUCAGCAAAUCCUACCGGGUCAUUUGCAAGUGCCUCCCCACUACACAACAGGACAUGGAUCUCAUCACAACUCAAACCCGCGAUUUUAGGAGUGGCAGGAAGUAAGGAGACGCUAUGUACUCAAGGGGAUUGUAGGUUUAGUGCAUAGCUUGGUAGUUCAUUUGUGUCGACAGACGAACACAGUUAGAGACCCGUAGAUUCGAGGAAGAGAACAACUACGAUUACGAGAUUUGACUGAACGUUUUUUCGCGUAAAAAAAAAUAGACACCGCGUAAAGCUUCAUCGUACUUUUGAUUCACCAGAUAGGUUAGGACUGUUAUCUUUAUUGAAGGAAGUUAGGCCCUCUCCCGAUCGCGAAAUGGUUUGAUGACUUGUUUCCGCUACCACGACAUUCUCGCUAAAACUCGUCGUAGAAUGCGACGGCUAUCACGCUUUCCCGCCAAAAUGACGCUUGUUCACGUGCCCGAGCACUACUUAGUUUUGCGAAAAUUUCGUUCUCGCAGUCGUUCUCGUCUUAGAAUCUAAAUGUCUCUAUCGAUUUAACUACAUCUGUGGUACCAUUUGCCUCUUAACCUGGAAAAGUUUCUGUGUGGAAAAUUAGGUGAUUGGUGUCUUGAUGUUGUCAACUGGAUCAUUUUCCCCGUAUUAUGGAAAUAGUGAGCUACAGUUGAUUUAAAUGAGAUGCUACAGCCACAGAGUACAGGCAAUGUCAACCUCCCGAGCAGACUUUCUUUUGGCUCAUCACGCAAUCCUACCGUUCUUGGGGAGGGAACGCGUCACGCAAAUCGAAGUGCGUGACGAGCCAAGAGAAUGUCUGCAUUUUUUUAACAAUUUGGCUUUGGUAGUAAGUUGAAUUCUGUCUUUUGUACGUGCCGAAAAUGGCCGGUUAGAAUUAGAAAAUAGAAAUAUUACAGUUUACUGUGCCAAAACGUUGUCAACUGUUUGAAAAGAAGUUUAUUGAUCUCAGAUUUAUAACUGAUUACCAGUUGUUAACCGGAAGUUGAACGUUUUGAAAAAUCUUAGUAAAAAGUUGAAUCGUAGUUGUAUGCUUCAAUUUAAAGUAUUUGAGUCUGUGAGAUUACCAAAAGACGUCAUAAAGUUAACAUAAAGUAAAAUUCCGUUAUUUUUGGAUAGCGUAAGUCAAACGGAUUACAUAUAGAGAUUAACCGAUUUUUUUAUCAUUUUAAUGUCUAAACAUUAGUCGCUUCAUUGGCUUUUGUGUACAGCUUUUCGUAGUGCUUUUCUUUGUAGCAGUCUGAUACUACGACUUUGAAGCAAGGGAGAGUGGAGAAGGUUAAAGAGAAUAUCAAACAUAUUUUGCCAACCUUGUCCCCAGGGAAAGGUCCUGGGGACGAGCUUGACAUGUUACAAGACUAUAGUAUUUUCUCAAACAUGAUUAAGAGGGAGAGUAACGGUAAUUUUGAUGAUUGUGCGUGUUUUGGGUAAAUACUGGCUUGAAACUAUCGGUUGGAGGGAGACAAAAUUUUUUGACCAUCUAAUAGCUCUUAACAAAUUUAGAUUAAUGCCGCUCAUAAAGUCAAAUGUAUUUCAAAGGAAAGCAUGUUAUAUGACAAGAGAGCUUUAAGGGACUCCUCUGUGACCGUGACGUGUUCGGGUAUCUGCUGAAAAACUAGUUUUUGCAUCCUUAAUUUCUUCCUCAAAAUUAUUUUGUUUGUAAAAUUAUAUCAAACGCUCAAACAGUGUUUCAUCGCAACAUCCAUCACCUCGAAUUUUGUGAAAAAUGCUCCGCUGUGCGUUGUGUUUUAUCUCUUUUCUCAGUGUUUGAUUUGUGAUGGAACACUCUGUCUCGUGUUGUCAUAUUACAUUAAACCCUUGAAGUCCCAAGAGUGUUAGGCAACAGCCAAUUAGAUAUCGACUUAUACUUCCCCGUGGGUGGCCCACGUGCACUUACAGGCAUUGCCCCGAAAAGCGAGAUCUUGAUUGGCUUGUGCUUAACCCACUGGGCCUUAGGGAGGCACCCAUUAUUUGGCCUUUCUCUUGCUGGAGGGUCAUUAUUCAGUGUUUGGUAACUAGACAACCUAAUGCUUAGUGCCAAUGAAGUGAGAUUUUUAUGUAUAAUUUACUACUUUGGUUGUAAGAAGCCACUGCUUGUCAAAGCACAGGCCAACCAACCUUAAUGUGAGAGGUUAUCUUUAAUAUGUGUGGUAUCAUAUUGUGUAAUCCUCAAAUGGCCGUGAACAUAAAGCAUUUGUAUGGGACUUCAGUUAAUAGAUUCAAGAAGAUAAAGGCUUGCGGGAAUGUUCAAUAAGAAAGGCUUUACCUAGGCUAAUCAAGGCGCAAAGUUAAUACCGGAAUUCCCAUACAAAUCCUUUUUGACCGGUAGGUUUACGGUCAUUUUGAGGAUUGUACAAUUUAAUACCACGCGUAUUAAUGACUUAAAAACUCUCGUAGUGAGCUUGAUGGGCCUGUGGUUAAGUUUUGCUUGGGGCGCAGGCGAACCAGGUAGAGUUGAGAUUUAGCAUUGAGGCUCCAUAUUUGCUGUUUAUUUAAUGAUGUUAUAAAAGAGAGACUUGCUGCGGCGUGUGUUGAGCGUAGCAAGCUUUUUACAUUGCGAGGUCACUUUAUAGCAGCUUUUUGGGUUUGAAGUUAGUUAUUUUUUCGUUCUGCAGAGUUUCGUGGCUUUUAUCUUCGUCAAAAGAGUUAUAGUUUAUUUAAAAACAUGUGGUAACCUUACGGGAUUGAUAUACAAUAAGAAAGUUUUUUUUUUUUUUUAUUUCGAGGAUAUAUGUAACUAACUAUAUUGAUGCCUGUAGUUAAUAGAUGAAAUAGUAACCAGAAGAAAAGUCUUAGUAAUUUACUUGAUUUUGACUGCUGUUAAAACUUACAAGCUGGCAUUGUCGAGAAACAAUCAAGUAAAAUUAAAUCUGCCAUCAUUCAUAGACUCAAGUGAUUUUUCCCCAUAAAUGUACGACGUGUUAGCAUGGCA